CACUCUGCCCACAUCCACACGACCAACACGCGCCGACCGGCGACGUCACCUGCCACCUUCUCUCUUCUUCUCUUCCUCCUUAUCCUCUGCCUCCGCUCUUCCUCCUCCACGAUAUGGCAACUUACCGCACACCUCGAGACUACAGCGAGGACUACGAAGGCGACGACGAGCACGAGCGCGACCUCAUGAGCCCAACCCUACCCUCUGAGGUCGGCUACGACGGCGAAACUACAGACGACGAGGUUGCAAGCGCCGAGCAUACUCCCACUACGUUCACACAUUCGAGAGAUGGCAGGGGCAGCCCUCACGAUUUGAUCACGGAAUGGGAUGAGAGGGAUACGGCGGACUUCAUCGCAGAACUAGGCUUGGAGAAGCAUGCACAGCCUUUCAUAGAGCAUGGCAUAACAGGCGACGUCCUCAUCGAGCUGCAGCAUGCAGAACUCAAGGAACUGGGCAUCAGCAGUGUAGGGCACCGACUCACCGUCCUGAAAGCCGUCUAUGAGAUAAAGGUUAAGCAAAACCUUCCCAUAGAACCUGAUCACUAUGUACCAUUGUCCGCCGACGCAACAGCGCAAGAAGCACCACCCUCCCAAGAUGACUUCGCCAAAGUGAUCAAGGUCGUCCAAGCUCGCGACGAGCGGAUACAGGUGACCGAGUCCGAGCUCAGGCACCUCAAGGAUGACCUCACCCGCGUCAUGGAAGAUAACAGGCGUCUACGGGAAGAACUGCUAUCUGUGGUACGGAUGGUGAAAGAAAGCCACCAGCCUCUGCCGACACCACACGAGCAUGUUACUUCGCCGCCGGUGGAGCAAGCGCGGACAGGAAGUAGCUUGUCUCGUAAGUUUUCCACUAAGAAGCUUUUCCUUGGAUCAGCGCCCAAGAACCCUUCUCCCACGAUCCAUGAGGGUCGGACGCUGGUCGAUAACACUUCUCUCGAUCCUUCAGCAGCCGCUCUGGCAGCGUCCUCACACCUCACAGCUUCGAUGAGCGGUGGCCCUCAGCUGUCGCCCUCGCAACCCCCGCAACCAUCUCCAACGUCCCCCGCGUACGCUCAGAACCAAAGCCGGCAAUACAACCCGCGCAACGGCCAUGACUACGAAACUAACACCUGGGCUACCGACAACACGGCUGCCUCGGAACGAUCCCGCGACCAACGCAACACACCCGCUCCUCUGUCUUCUCGUCAACCUCUACGAAACACCGCACAAUCAGCUUCGACGCCUGAUGAUCCGCCAUUAUCAGGCGGCUCGACUCUGAAUUCUUCCAGCCUCCAAAACCCGCCACUGUCUGCAAACUCCAAUCAACAAAGCACGCCGAAUCCCCAGGUCGAGAUAUUCAAGUCUUUCCGUGUAUCGAUCGACGAUCCCUGCCACAAGGUCCUUCCUGUCGCACUCAAGAAAUACAACAUUACAGCAGAUUGGCGACAAUACGCCCUUUACAUUGUCCAUGGUGAUCAAGAGCGCUGUCUAGGUCUGAAUGAACGACCCCUCAUACUUUUCAAACAAUUGGACAAAGAAGGCCGAAAGCCUAUGUUCAUGCUCCGGAAACACGCCGCCCCAGCAGAAGGACACGUCAGUACCGUUGGUGGCAACGACAUCAGAAGUGUAGCACCGAGCCCAGGCGGAUUUGGCUGGGACAGCCAGAGCAGAGGAGUCCAAUUACCUGGUGGUGUACUUUGAGCGUAGUCACAGCGACAACGAUCGCUGAACGGAAGGACGCCCGGAUUGUAGAGCAAUCCAUACCGACCUUCCUGCUUCGGACAACGCCUUUUAAAUUUCAUGUGGCUAUUUGCAUGCAAAUAUACGCUGGUUCCAGGAUCCUGUGGUUCCAGAUCCGACUUCACAUGUGAGAAGUACAUGGAAGACUGAGAUCGACUUACGAACCGCGGAAUUGACGGAUAAA